AUGAUGAGUGGAACACUUUCUUACACAACAGUUCCCGUUUCCCAUGCAGAUAAUGGCCAAUUGAAUAAUUCUCUCGAGGAACAUGUACAGCAAGCAAGUGAAGAAAAAACGGAUAAUGUUAUUCCACAGGAUCCAUCACUUUGGCCUCUACUAAUUAAUCAUAAUACACGUGCAAUCAUUGUAGAACGUGGACCUCAGCAAAUUAAAGAUAUCAGUUUCCCAAAUGAUAAGAACAAUCGAAAGUUUUCAGUAUUUCACUACUUAAGAAAACUUCCUAAUGGAAAAGAAUUAUGUCGCAGCUGGCUCUUGUAUUCAGUAUUAAAAGACUCAGUGUUUUGUUUCUGUUGCAAACUGUUCAGUAUGAAAGCAAUUGGCAUAUCAUCACUAACUCAUACAGGUUCAAGUGACUGGAAAAACAUGGCGGCAAUUCUUUCUUCUCACGAGAAAAGUCCUGAACAUUUGCAGAACUAUCAAAAGUGGAAAGAACUACAUCAGCGAUAG